AUGGUGGGUACUUCUAAUCCUUUCAACAACAUUGGGAGGAAUACUCUAUAUCUGGUCGGAGGACUGAUCGUCUCAGUGUUUGCAACGAAAAAACUAGUGAGCGAUAACAAACAGACGCAGUUCGACCGCAAGAAAGCCGAAGAAAUCACCAAAGAAAACUAUUACAAGAACUUGGCAAACGUAAAGCCAGGAUUCCCAUUACCUGCAGAAGAACUCGCAGAAGCCAGAAAAAGUGAAUUUGAGGGCCGAGGAUUAAGCUACUUGAGCAGGAAAGGAGGCGAUAGGCUUGGGUUUUUCGACAGGAGGAGCGAAAAGUGA